AUGCAGGUCUUCAGAUGUUACUACCAAAACCCAAUAAUGCAAUGGUCACUUUUUCAACAGGAUAUGCUGUCAUCCAGCAACUCUACUACACAUGAUGCCCUGGCGCAGGCAACACCAAACUUGUUGUUUAUGCCGUCAUCUCCCUCAAUCUACCCCCGUCAUUUACCCCUCAGAAAUAGUACCGCUGACAUCCAGACUUCGACGCCUGCACCCGCUCCCCAGACCAAUGUCAGAGGAGCUGCUCCCAGGCCAAUCCCCCUAAACCUAAUCGAUCCGGUGCUCCUUGGGGAGCCAUCGCCUCCAAGUGCCUCUACUAAUGGUCUUCAUGCCUUGGCGAACAACUCUCCCCCUUCUGCAAGCAACUCUCCUCGCUCUGCAAGCCACCCUUGUCCUUCUGUACCUCGGCCAGCUGCUCGUGAACUCACGAAGGCAGAACAAGCCUCACGUGCCAUUGCCGCAAAGGAGAAAAAGGUCAUGAAACAGCAGAUCAAGGACGAUAUCGAUGAAUACUUACAGGAUCAACUUUAUUUGGUAGCUCUAGCAGCCAAGCACAAUGUGACAUUAGAUUAUAUGAAGAAACAAGUUAGUUCUGAGAUGAACUACAAGACGACCUGCCUACCACUGGGCGAGAGAAAAAAUUUGAAAGAGCUACAAAACAUAGCAAGCAAGACCACCAAUUCAUCCGAUCUAAACCAAGAAGAGCGUGAGGAACUCUGCAACCACUUCCUUGAACAAUGUAAAGUGAAGAUCACAGGAAGUCAUGCCAACAACACCGCUGUGGCAAGGGAUAUGAUGUUAACUGCAGAAAGAAUAGGAAGGGAGUUUGAUAAUCUCGCUCUUCGGACAGGUGCAUAUGGGUGCUUCUUCUUGACGUGUGGCCACAUCUACAAUACUGGGACAACUACAUGGUAUGGAAGCGAUAAUUUGAUGGACUUCUGGGAGGAUAUCAUUGGCAGAGACCCAGAUGAACUUGCAAUGUUAUUUGAGCAGUGGGCCUGUUCGCAAAAUCAGAUUGGAAAUCUUUUAAAACGAAAAACAAAGAUGGUAUACAAACAAUACGACCAAUCUAUUGUCGCCACACAUGGCGUCAAAAUCAUAGGUUGGCCGGAAGAUGUUCCAUUUGUCAACCCAUCUGCAAUUGGUACCAUGGCUGAAAUACACAAACUGCAAGAUGCAUGGAAGACUGGAACAUGUCAUUGGGUAAAGCUUUCAUCGGCCCAGCUGCAAGAACACAAAAAACAACUAGAUGCACGUCUCCGAUCAGGUGAAGUCACGAGAAAGAAGAGAAAGAAGCAUUCUGAUGCAGGCUUACCCCGCAAGCGAUGUCAGGUUGCACGCUGUGAUGAGAAUGAAGGAAUUGAACAAGGUGGUAGCAGAGUCCCAAAUACACAAGGAUGA